CCUUCAGAUAUGAGGUGCUGCGAUCAGCACCUGAGGCGGACCGAGCCGGCCCCCGGGAGCAGCUGCAAUGAGCCGGUGACCCCUGCACCGCGCUCGCGCCGCAACGGCUGGUCCGCGCGACCCACCACCCAGCAGCUGGUUUCCUACUUCACCUACAUUUACUUGGUUGUUGUCGGAUUUGGGAUCUACAUCCCACUGCUGCCCUCCCCAUGGGACUCGUUGGCCUAUGGUCAUCUUGGAUUUUUCUUUGUUCUUCACCUGGUUGCCCACAUUGCAGCUGUGUUGAUAGACCCAGCAGAACCCAUUGUGCGCGCUAGAAACUACGCCUCUACCUUGCCGACCUUUGACAAAAGCCAACAUGCACAUGUCAUCCUUGACCUACACUGUAAAAUCUGUGAUAUUGACGUGGGACCUCGAGCUAAACACUGCAAGGCUUGCAACAAAUGUGUGACAGACUUUGACCACCACUGCAAAUAUAUGAAUAAUUGUGUGGGGAGGAGGAACUAUUGGUUUUUCUUUGUGGCCGUUGUGACUGCUGCUAUUGGAAUGUUUCUGCUGCUCCUCAUUGUUUUGUUCAUCAUCGUUGAGCACUCUUUGAACCCGGCCAUACUCCGCACCGCCCCUCAGUUUCAGGAUUACUUUCACACGUGUAUGUCAUGCGGCACAGUGCUAUCUGUUCAGUCUGUACCUGUCUGUCCAGGUCUGAAUAACUUGACAUGGUUGGUGUUCCUCCCACUGGCUCCUGUGCACACCAGCUCCGCUGGACUCUUGGUAGUGAGCUGCUUCACCUUUUUACUGACGUUGGUUUUCUUGGUGGUUGUGAUUCACCUGCUGGGAUUUCAUAUAUUUCUCUUGUCAAAGAAGCUUACCACAUACGAGUACAUCAUGAAAAAGCGUCAAGAAGAGAAGGAUCGUGAUUUGGAAUUGGGAGAGAAGCAAUCCCGACCCACAAGUGCGGAAUCAUCAAAGACACAGCCUUCUGUGGAUGUAUCUGUGGACUGUGAAUCACCUUUGCCCAGUCAAGCCAGUCAAAGCAGCAUGGAGUACCAGGAUGAAAGGAGGGAACUUGCCCUGCGCAUCUCUAUGGCGAUGUGUGCAGAGCUGAAGCGUCUUGGUUCAAUGACAGGAGCUCAAUGGCACGAAUGGUACAGAAACACCAGCCCAUCCAAGGACAUGACGCCAGGGGAGGAUUUGUCGAUUUGUGACACCGGUUUGAAGGCCCUCGGUGAGUCCCUCAGCUGGACUGGACUACAGCAGGUGGUGGUGGUGGAUGGAGAGCAGAGCCGUGAGAAGUCUGCGGAAGCGGCUCCUAUUAUCCAGCAGCCCCUGGCCAGCUCUGUCUUGGCAGUUGAGCAGCAGCUGAGCAUGGACACAAGGUCCGAGUCGGCCCUCUCCCAGCAGUGAGCGACUUGAAACCCUCUAGACCUGAACCCUAAUGGCUAUCUGACAAUGGACACGACUAACGACGACGAAUUUGGAUGACGAUUAUGGAAUAUGACUAGCCAAAAAAUAUUGGAAGAUAUUUUUUGACCUGGUUUUCUGACAAUGGAUACGACUACUUGUUCUGAAUUUUGACGAUGAAUGUGGAUUAUGGCUGAAUGGAAGAUAUAUAAAAACAUUUUUUUCUUUGAUUGAAGUUUACACUGAUCUUUUCAUGCAUGGACCCUGGCUGGAACCGUCUAGUGCCUUAAUUUAACUUCACGAUAAAUGCAUACUUGAAUGUGUGA